AUGCGUUUGUAUCCAAUUCGUUUAAUAAAAAUAUUGAUACUUCUAAUUUUAUUUAUUGCCAUUUUUGAUAAAAUCUAUUUACAAACUUGGCAUUCGAAAAUUAAAAUUAUUCCGAUAGAACGAAAAUUUCCAACAGUAUUAACAUCAAAUGAUGAAUUCAAUCAAAUAUCAUACACUUUAGAACCAUUUACAGCAAAGUUACCACAUUUUUCUGAUGAUGAAGCACGUAAUUGGUUUUUGAAUUCGACUUACUAUAAACUGUAUUCAAAACAAUGUCCAAAUAAUGCAUGUGAAACAAAUGGAUUUCUUUUUGAUGAUUUACAAGAACAUCGUCAAGUUCAUAUUGCUUUUAUUAAAAAUGGUCUCUAUUUAAAUGAUAAUUGUGGUUAUAGAUAUGGUGAAGACGCUAUACGACGUACAUUUAAAUCAAUUAAUCAAGCAACUGUUAUUUAUGAUAAAGCUAUUAUAUAUAUUGUACCAGAUGGAUGGAGUUUUCAACAUUUUCUUGAUGGAAUUGGACCAAAAUUAUCUCAUUCAAAAAUCUAUUUAGAUAAAUAUCCUGAUGCAAAAGUUAUUAUUCCACGUGGUCCUCGAUUUGAUCCAUCAGUGGAACAAAUUUGGGCAUUAAUGGGUAAGAAUCUAUUUAUAAAGUAAAUAAUUGUCCCAUUUAAAAAAAAGAAAUUGAGGCAGAAUUGGUUCCUCUUGGCAUCAACAAUUAUUUUGAUUUAAACACGAAAUAAGCUCAGAUUCGAAAUUGUCAACUUUUUAUUUAUGAUU